UAGCUCUCUUUUUUCUUUUCUUAGCUUUCUCGUUCUGUAUUUGAGUUGGGAAGUUGAUGAACUCGCUAGAACUAAUGGCGUUUUCUUCUUGAUCUUUGGAGUUUCAUUUGCUUGUGUUUCUUAGUAAGAUUAAUGGGUGCAUCGUCUGGUUCUAACAUCCAUCUCCAGCCUGCAUCAAAGAUGAUUCCCACACGACAACAGCCACGACCUGAGGAACUACAAACGUCUCUUUCAUUAGUUUCCUCGGACCCUCAACUGUCACCUGAAGUACCCCGAUCUAAUUCUGAACAAGUUCACGAUUCUCCUGCUGAGAGUGCUAGUUCUCAGGAGACGUAGCCUAUUGGCGAUGGAGUGAUGGGAAAGAAGAUGGAAAAUGGAAAGGCAGACAAUGACUUUGUUGAACAGUCGGUGAUUCAUCGUCUUUCUAGUGCUGAUAAAAUCUCCCUUCGUGACAUAGCAAGAGACAGAAUUGAGGUAAUCGCUGAAAAGAUGCAUCGCUUACCCGAGAAUUUUCUAGAAAAUUUGAAGAACGAGCUUCGAACUAUUCUUGAUGGGAACGGUAGUGCACAACAGAGAGAUGAGAUUUUUAUUCUGCAGAAGCUUGUUCAGCAUAGAACGGAUUUAACUGCGAAGACCUUAAUUAGAGCACAUAGAGUGCAGCUUGAAAUUCUAGUUGCAAUCAAUACUGGAAUUCAGGCGUUCUUGCACCCAAAUAUCAGCCUCUCCCAGACUACGCUCAUUGAGGUUUAUGUGUAUAAGAGAUGUCGAAAUAUAGCUUGCCAAAACCAGCUUCCAGCCGAUGAUUGCGCUUGUGAGAUAUGUACUAGCCGAAAUGGUUUCUGCAAUCUCUGCAUGUGUGUAAUAUGUAACAAGUUUGAUUUUGAAGUUAACACGUGUCGUUGGAUUGGUUGUGAUUUCUGCUCUCAUUGGUCGCACACCGAUUGUGCUAUUCGUGAUGGAAAGAUCUGCGUGGGAUCUUCUGCAAGAAUUGGAACUGGACGAACUGAGAUGCAUUUCAAGUGUCCUGCUUGCCAUCGGACAUCCGAGCUACUUGGUUGGGUUCGAGAUGUUUUUCAACAUUGUGCUCCGUCCUGGGAACAGGAGUCUCUCAUGAAGGAGCUUGAUUUUGUCAGUAGGAUCUUUCGCGGAAGUGAGGACCAUGGAGGGAGAAAGCUUUUUUGGAAAUGUGAAGAUCUCAAAGAGAAAAUGAAGAGUGGAGUAAUGGAUUCGACAGCAGCAUGCCGAGCAAUAUUGAUGUUUUUUCAAGAGAACGAGUCGGACUCUAUCAGUAGCCUUGAAAAUGGGGAAGGGGGUAGGUUAGCAGCCCCACAGGAAGCAUGCAGCCGAAUCACUGAAGUGGUGCAGGAGGUUAUAAGAAAAAUGGAAAUUGUUGCAAAUGAGAAGAUGAGAAGCUGGAAAAAGGCUCGUAUGGAUGUCGAGGCCUUUAACCGUGAGGUUGAAGAUAAGGCCAAGGAAGCAGCUGAGAUAAAGCUGGACCGACAACGAAAGAAGCUACAAAUUGAAGAACUCGAGAAAAUCGUUAGACUUAAAUGUGCAGAAGCUGAUAUGUUCCAACUUAAGGCCAAUGAGGCAAAACGAGAGGCCGAGAGGCUUCAGAGGAUUUCUCUUGCCAAAACAGACAAGUCCGAAGAAGAUUAUGCUAGCAAUUACUUAAAACAACGUCUGAACGAGGCCGAGGCCGAGAAGCAGUAUUUGCUUGAGAAGAUCAAGCUACAAGAAAGCUCAAGAGCUUCACAGAGCAGUGGUGGAGCUGAGGCCUCGCAGAUGCUUAUGUAUUCAAAAAUUCAAGAUCUGCUCUAUAAUGCCUCUAAGCCAGAUUCAGCUACUAGAUGAGAACUUUUUGGGAUCAAACCCGGAUGAAUACUAAGGUUUGAGAGCACGACGAUAUGUAAAUUAAAAUGUUCUUAGUUAUGUUGUUUUGUUGACUGAUGAUCUAUGAGUCUGUUUCUUACUAGAUCUUCAGAUACUUAUAUGGUAAAUGUAAUCGGUCGUUGGCUGCU